UUGUAUCUAUUAUUUGACAAAAACGACUGAAUUAACGUAAUAAUAAUAAAAUAAUUUUAAUAAUAAUAAUAAUAUGAUUUCAGCUGUUCGUUCUUCAUUAAACUAAUUUGGCCCUUCUCGGAUAAAGUCGUGAAUUAUCGUUGAAAUUUUAAAGCAAUCGUUGAAACUCGGGUGGUGGUAAUUUUUUAAUUAAAAUUCUCGUCGAAUUAUUCUGGUUUUUUUUUAAUUAGUUAUUUGUUGCAAUGCACAAUGCGUAUAUUUGAAUUGGAUGUGCGUUGCAUAUAAAUUAGAGACGAUGAUUCCGACUGUAAAGUAAACAAGUUGUCUUUUGUUCUUUUCAGAUCCUGGGCAAGGGCCGUGUCCCUGAGUCGUGUAGAAUGUGAAGGAACUUUCCGUGCCGCGAAUGGGGAAGGCCGUAGACCUUCGGAUCCCACGAGACUAAAGCUAAUUGCCUUAAAAUACUAAUUACUUGGAUAUUCGCUGUGCUUAAUUACGACAAUCUAGUUGCUUCCGCGUUCUGUUUCCGCGCGACUCGGGUGAUAUAUCGCGUUUUUUUUUAUUAUUUUAGUCUGUCUUUGACCGGAUGCAUUAUUGAUUCAGGCGAUGCCUAAUCAGAUUCGUGCGUUUUCCAUCGAUCUGGGUUCUUUGUUUUUGUUUUGCUUCUGCUUGGAUUUCAGUUUCUGUUGAAGGUUUCUACGAGCAGACGGAGCGGAAGAAGUGAGCGGUAUUUGUUGCUGGUCUGUUGGCUUGUGGCUGGUAUUGAGUGAUCCUUUCGUGAAACGUAGGAGGUCGGCCGGCAAGAUGGAGGCCUACGAACCGAAGUCGGGAUGGGUGUGAGGUGGCUCUGCUCGCCGUCAAAACCAGUCCAAAAGUCGAUCCUGCCACGAACCAUACCACCUCAACAGAUAGCAUAGCAAACAAAGACCGUGGAACCAUUGUUUAUAAAUAUAGUACGCGCGUUCGCUGCAGCCGCAUGCAUGCAACAACGAUAAGAGAUUGUCAAAGUCGUGCAGUUGCAUAAUUGACAACAACAUUUCAGUAUGUGAGUAUACCGUCGCCUCUAUUAUUAGAAAAUUUUCACUAUUUUCAGCGGCAUUCACACUGACAAUCUCCUGUAGUGACUGUAGCCGCAACAACCGUGCUAAAUAGCACAACGACAAAGAACCGACGCCGUGCAGAUGUUUGAAUCGCUCGCUUCAAAAAUGUGGUCAACCUUAGAACCCGGAAGUUCGCCAGUGGAUUGGUGCGAGGAGAAUUACACGUUUUCGCCGAUGAUAGCGGAAUUCGUGAACACGGUCAGCAACGUUCUGUUCUUCAUUCUGCCGCCGGUGCUAAUCCACCUGUUCAAAGGGUACGGGAAGAUCAUCAACCCUGGUAUACAUGUGAUAUGGAUACUCUUGAUAGUUGUCGGUUUGUCCUCUGCGUACUUCCAUGCAACCUUGAGCCUUGUUGGACAAUUGCUGGAUGAGCUUGCCAUUCUCUGGGUGUUUUUCGCUGCUUUCUCCAUGUUCUUCCCUAGAAGGUUCUUUCCAAACUUCUUGCACAACGACAGGAAACGCUUCAGUUUGGCAGCCGUGGCUUUGGCACUGAUUGGCACCUGUUUGGCAAUCAUUCAUCCGGCCAUAAACGCAUUCGCUUUAAUGACUUUGGGAAUCCCUUCCGUAAUUCUGCUGAUACAUGAAGUUAGAAGAGAGAAGAACGAGAGGAUCCAUAGGUUAGGAGUCCGUUGUGCUUCCGUUUGGGUUCUAGCAGUAUUCUGUUGGGUCAACGAUAGACUCUUGUGUGAUGCAUGGUCAGCAAUAAAGUUUCCAUAUCUCCAUGGCCUUUGGCACAUUUUCAUCUUUAUAGCGUCGUACACGGCUUGCGUGCUCUUUGCCUACUUCUCGGUACGUGAGGAAAGACCAGAGAAGAAGGCAAUCCUUCGAUACUGGCCGAGAAACGACUUCGAAUUGGGUAUACCAUACGUUCUUAUCAAAACCCACCACAAGGAUAGUGAAAUUUAAGGUAAUAUAAUCUCUAAUCAUAAGCAUACUAAUCAUUUUCGGAAUCUCUACUUAAUGUGAUGAAAUUAUGUGAUAUAUCUUUUUUUAUCUAACAAAAUCAACAAAUAUAUAUGUAUACUAUCUUUUUGUAUGUAUUUGUCGCUCUUAUACUCGAUUUUAAUAAAGAACUUAACUCUUCUUCGUUUCCUUUAUUCUUUCUUCCAUGCAGACUAGAUAACCCAGUUGCAUAACUAAUUAAUUUUUUUGCAUAUUUUAAGAAAAGUUAUUAUAAAU